CUGCCUUCUCUCCCACUCGGCUGGGCCGCGAGGAAGUCGCAAGAUGGCCGAUGUCGCUUGAAAGUAAUGUUCCCCUCCCCAACAUGAAGCCGUGAGCGUGGACGACAGCGAAGGAGGCGCCAUUGGACUUUUCUUUUUCUUUUCUUUAACUUUGUUUUCUUUUAUUCCGCCAAACAUCCAUCCCAUUCCGCGUCGUAUCCGCCCCGGACUUGACUCGGGGAGUUGACGCGUCAAAAUCACACCGGGGACCCUGCCAAGCUAGCCAGCCAGCUACAACACUUGGCCGACACAAGUGCAACUAGACGCUCGCAAACACGACGUUUUGGGGUGCUUUUUCUCUUCAUGCGGGCCACCCAAUGCGGACAUUGUAGUCGGUUCUGAGUUUUAGCCGGUGGCAAAUUGUCAGUUGAAAGAGUUCGGCUAGCCGCCGCGUUUAACAUGUCGGCCAAGUGGCCGUCCAGCUUUGCUAACUAGUGCGCAGUAUCGCGUCCAUUUCACGCGCGUGCAUUUCUCGACACCGGCCACUUUUUCACCGCCGCCUGCCAUGUUGUGCGCAGACUGAACAUCGACCAGUCGUCGUAGCUCCACCGGCCCCAGAUCUACGGAGAUGGACGCGACGGUCGGCGGCCACGUCUGAAGCGGACCGAGUCAUAUUGAGGAGCGGACGUCAGGCGGGCGGCGGGCCAUCGCGCUUGACCGGUUCUGGUGUCGGCUACUCGGCAGGCUAAAGCUCACUCAUCCUCAGUUCGGGAAUUAGCUCGCUGUCUGUCGGCUAGCUCGUCUGGCCGCUCUGCCCCGUCGGCGAGACGGCGUACAGAACGUAUUCCGAGCCCGCUCCCGGCCACACGCACAGGCUUAACACCACCGUCAUGGGAGUGCAGGGCUUCCAGGAGUACCUGGAGAAGCGCUGUCCCGGCGCUGCGGUCCCCGUGGACCUGCUGAAGCUAGCCCGGACCGCGGCCCGCCAGCCGCCACACCCGCACCCUCACCACCCGCACCAUCCUGGGCCUCACCACCCUGGGCCCUUGCCGCCGCCUCCUCCGCCGCCGCCCCCGCCCGCUAGGAUCCUGGUGGACGCCGACUCCGGCCUGCAGCGCCUCUACGGCGGCUACCAGACGGACUGGGUGUGCGGCGGGCAGUGGAACGCCAUGCUGGGCUAUUUGGCCGCACUCUCCCAGGCCUGUUUGUUCCAGGGGGGCCUGGAGCUCGUGGUUGUGUUCAACGGCACGCUGGGCAAGGAGCGCUGGCCCGAGUGGGCGCGGCGAGCUCAGGGCCAGCGACAGACCGCGCAACUCAUCGUCAACCACGUCGGCAGCAAGGCCACCCCGCCUCCCCGGGCAUGGUUCCUGCCCCCGGCCUGCCUCAGCCACUGCGUCCGCCUCGCCAUGUUCCGUUUCCGCGUGCGGGUGGUCCAGACAUUGGAGGAUCAUCACCAGGAAGUGCUGUCCCUCUACAGGGACUAUGGCUUCGCUGGGCUGAUCGCUCAAGAUUCGGAGUUUGCGCUGUGCAAUGUCCCUGCCUACUUCUCCUCGCACGCGCUCAAACUGAGCUGGAACGGCAAGAACCUGACCACGCACCAGUACCUGCUGUCGGAAGCCGCCAGGCAGCUAGGGCUCAAGACCCAGCAUCUGCCCUGCUUCGCCGCUCUGCUGGGAAAUCAUAUUCUGCCUGAUGAAGACCUGGCUGCCUUCCACUGGAGCCUGCUGGGACCAGAACACCCACUAGCAUCUCUCAAGGUGCGAGCCCACCAACUGGUGCUGCCGCCCUGCGAAGUGGUCAUUAAGGCCGUGUCGGAGUACGUCUCAUCCAUCAAAGACCUCGGAAACCUUGACGCCAUCGCCAGAGACGUCUUCAAGCAGUCGCCGUCUCGCAUGGAAGACAAAGUGGAUAGAUUUAAGAGAGCUGUGGAAUAUUUCUCAGCGGCCUCCAAACCACGAUCGCCUAACAUGGGACCUCCCUCUUUCAUUUUACCUGGGUUUGGGCCCACUCCAUUCGGGGGACCACCUGGCCACAUGGGACCGAUGCAUCCUGGAAAAAAUCAGUUCCCUCACCCCCAGGCACCGGCCGGCUUCAAAUCGCCUUUUGCAAAUGCUCCAUUCGGACACGGCUCGGCACCUCUGUUUCAGAACCCACCGGCGCCGUCCCAAGACUGCAACGAUUCCCCGACUGGAAAGAUGGGCUUCUCCGACUGGUCGGCGCCAUAUGAUUCCUCUCAGGGUGGAGGGCGUUUGCCCAAUCAUCAUGCCGGCGCUCAGUCCGGCCCUUCCCCGUCACCGUCCUCUUCGUCGGACGGCGACGAACCCAACGACAGUAACGCAAACCAUUUGACAGACAAGCCGUCCCGCUGGGAGGAUCCCGCGGGAAGGGACGGCCCAACCCCUGGAGACGCUUCCCAAGGCAACGGCGGUGGGUCCGGCAUCCCGUCACUGCUGUCCAUGGCCACGCGCAGUCACAUGGACAUAACCACGCCCCCUCUGCCUCAGGUUAGCGCCGAGGUCCUCCGCGUCGCCGAGCACAGACACAGAAGAGGGUUGAUGUACCCGCAGAUCUACCACAUCUUAACCAAGGGAGAGAUGAAAAUGCCGGUGUGCAUCGAGGACGAGUGCAAUUCGGAGCUUCCUCCUGCUUCAAUGCUGUUCCGCGCCGCCAGACAAUACGGUUACGGGGUCCUCUUUAGUUUGGCCGAAACGCAGCGGCGCCUGGAAAGGCUGGCCCUCCGCAAGAGAGCUCCCUUGGAAGGUUGGGGCUGGGAUGGUCAAGCAUUUGGAGUUCCUCCGGUGAUCGUGAAAGAGUGGAGCAGCGGCAAAGCCAAGUCUGCGCUGACUCCUGAACUGGUCCCGGCUCUGUGUUUCCGGGAGUGGACCUGCCCCAACCUGCGUCGGCUUUGGUUGGGGCGUGCCAGCGAGGACCGCUCACGCCGGACCAGGGCCUUUCUGGCCUGCCUGCGCUCCGACUGCCCAGCCCUUCUCAACCCGGCGCAGGUCCCACAACAUCUGCUGCUCAUGUGCUGCGUCCUCAGGUAUAUGAUGCAGUGGCCCGGCGGACGGAUCCUCCAGAGAAACGAGCUGGACGCCUUCUUGGCCCAGGCAGUCUCCAACCAGCUCUACGAACCGGACCAGCUUCAGGAGCUCAAGGUGGAGAAGGUGGACGCACGCGGCGUGCAGCUGGCUGCCCUCUUCAUGGCCGGCGUGGACACGGCGCUAUUCAUCAACGACGUGUGUGGGCAGCCGUUGCCGUGGGAACACUGCUGCCCCUGGGGCUUUUUCGACGGCAAGCUGUUCCAGAGCAAGCUGGCUCGCGCCGCCCGCGACCGUGCCGCCCUGCUGGACAUGUGCGAAGGACAGGAGGAGCUGGUGUCCAAGGUGGAGAAGAUGCGGCAGGCCAUACUGGAGGGCGUCAACCUUUCUCGUCCUCCUCCGCCACCUCCUCCUCUUCCGCCCCCUGCCUUCUUACCACCCGCCAUGGUGCCACCGUUCUACCCCAUGCCGCCCCUCUACCCGCCUCGCCCCAUGGGCGGCGUGCCUCCUCACCACCCGCAUCAUCCGCAUCACCCAGCCCAGCACAGACCCAGAGCCUUCCCAGGCAUCCAGUCCAUUCCCCCUCAGGGAGGAAAGCUGGAGAUCGCUGGCAUGGUCGUCGGCCAGUGGGCCGGGAACAAACCCAUUCGCGGCAGAGGGGGCUUCAACAUGCAGGUGGUUUCGGUCGGAGCCGGGAAAGGCAGAGGAAAAGAGAUCCCCACCAAGCUAAGGGGAGGAAAAAAAGCAACUGCCAACAGAACACAGACAUCGCCGCCCCCUCCAUCCAGCAGUCCCCCAAAAGCCUCAGAGGAGGCGGGCCCAGUGCCGGAGGUGGCCGCCCGGCAUCUGAACGGCGGCUCGACGCCCUCGGACCCGCCCCCCCCGGCCCAGCCGAUCCAGUGUGCCUUAGCCAGCAGAGACAACCAAUCGGAGGGGGCGCCGGCCGAGGCCCCCCGUUGCCUUGACGACUGCCCGUCGGACGGAGCAUUACGGAAGGAGGAGUGACGGCGAGCCGGUUACGUGUUUGACUGCCUUUCCCCCGUCUUUGUAGCCCCGCCCACCCGCCAACUCUGCACGCCGUCACGCAGAGCAGGAAGCCGCCGCAUCCCACUGCUCCGCGUGACGCGUCCAAAUGCUUGGCCGUCACCGUUCAAUCCCAUUUUUUCGUUUUCUCAUGUGCUUUUAAGUUGUUGUUUUUUUGUUUUUUAAACGGAGGUUGUUGUUUUUUUCACCGCGUGUCUGUAAGUACGACAGAGUAUUCGGGCCACGCAAAGAACGAAAGAAAAAUUAGGCCCACAAAAAUAGUGUGGUCAUAUGAUGAGAUUAAAGUUGUGCUAAAUGUAAUUUUACGUAAUAUUGCGAGGAAUAAAAGUUGUAACAUUAAAAUGGUAAUAUUACGAAAAUAAAGUCGUUCUAGUACGAAAAUAGUCAUUUGUUGCAGUCUUAUGAGAAAAAGUAAAACAAGAUUAAAGUCGUAAAGUUUAACAUUACGUAAUUUUAUAUUACAAGAAAAAGUCAUGAUUGUACGGAUUAGGAUAUUACUUGUAACAUUCCGAAAAAAGUCGGAGUAUCACGAGAAUAAAGUCAUAAUACAAGAUUAUAGUCGUAAUACUAUGUAACUUCACGUGCGAGAAAAACGUCAUGAUAUGUAAUUUUACGUAAUGUUACAAGAGAAAUGCAUUUUACAUCGCAUUAUAAAUUAGUCAAAAUAUAAUGAAGGGGGGAAAAAAUGGUAAUAUUACGAAGAUAAAGUUGUAUUAUGAGAAAAACAUACGUUGUAAUAUUACGAGAAAGUCAUAAAAUUCCGAGAUAAAUUGUAGUACAAUGUAACUUUACCUAUAGUACGAGAAAAAAGUGAUGUUACAAAAUUUUACAUAAGAUUUGAUAUAUCUUUAUUAUACUCUAGUAGUACUACAACGUUUAACCUUGUUGUAUUCCGUAAAAUUAUGUAACAUUACGUCUUUUUCAGUAAAACUGCCUAACAUUACGACUUUUCUCAUAUUUUGUAGUUACGUAAUAUUACAACGUAUGACUUCAUUUUUUUUUAAUAUUACAACUUUUAAUCUUUUAGUAUUACAUAAAAUUACGACUUCAUAUUACAACAUAAGACUAUCCUUAAAAUAACUUUUUUCUUGUAUUACAACGUACAACUCAAUUCUCGUAAUAUUUCAACUUCAAUCUCAGAACAUUACGCCUAUUUUUUUUUCAUUGUUUGUGUAGCCCUAAUACUCGUUCGUCUGUAAGCGCCCCGCCCCUCCAAAAGUAGCCUCUCUUCCGCACACCCGCUCCGAUAAGCUUCAAAGCCCCGCCCCCUUGGCCCCCCACGUGACCCGAGCGAGCCCCCGUAAAAGGUCCUCGCGUCGAGUUUGAACGGCCGUCGGUUCGCGCUCGUUGUCUCGACUCCCGGGAGCUCGGAGAGACAUUCCCGUCGAUCGGUUAUCUAUCGCCGCCGAGACGUUAGGAUGCUAUUUUACUUUGACCGAUGUAGCAUAGCCAAGAGCUUAGCCGUGCUAAGAAAGCCCGUCAAUUUACGCACCUUAAUCCUUCAAGUAUGCAAGGUUUAACCCCUCCCCCCGCCCCGAAAAUAGAGUGCAUUAUCAUAUGAUAUUCCCACCCUUUUGCCCCCUUUCUCCCAAAGCUUUGAUUGUACUAUCCCAACACUAGCACUUGAUGUUGUAUUUAAAUGUAAAACGCUUUCAAGGGGCGAUAAAAAAAAAAAGCCCCCGAUAACCGAUGAAUUGACAGUUUUGUGGGGCGCGCGUCAAUUUGAACUCAUGGGCCGCCAUUGACGCCGAUAGACGUCCAACUGGGGAGCCGCAUGUUAGCUAAAAGUACUAUCAGGUUAGUAGUUGGUGAAUCAACACAAAGUGACCGGGAAGUGACCCGAUGUGAACAGAAAGUGACUUAAAAAUGACCCAAAAUCAACAGGAAGUGAGCUGAUAUCAAGGGCAAGCAACUCUGGAAUGCUUUAUUAUACACAGGAAGUGACCCAGAAAAGCCCCCAAUAACAACAAGUGACCCAAUGUCAGUAGGAAGUAGGAAAUGCUCCUGAAAUGCUUCAAAACCAACAGGAACUGACCUACUACUAACAGGAAAGGACCCCAGAAUUGGCCCAAAAUUUACAGGAAAUGACCAAAUACAGGAUGCAGCACCAGGAGCAACGUGGGGUUCAGUAUCUUGCUCAAGGAUAUUUAGACGAGUUCAUCAGGGCGGAGAAUCGAACCCACAACCUCUUGGUUGGGGGACUACCACUGAGCCACGCCACCCCCAAAAACAAUGGGAAGUCAUUUGAUACCAACAGGAAGUGACACAAGAAAUGCCCCAAAAUCAACCGGAAGUGACUGAAUAGCAACAUGAUGUCACCUGGAAAUUCGCAGAAAUCAACAGAAAUUGACUCAAAACCAACAGGAAGUGACCCCCAGAAAUGCCCCAAAACCAACAGCAAGUCACUUGAUACCAACAGGAUAUCACCUGGAAAUUCCCCAAAAUCAAUAGAAAUUGACUCAAAACGAACAGGAAGUCACUUGAUACCAACAGAAAGUGAUCUGAUAUCAACAGGAAGUGACCCAAGAAAUGGCCCAAAAUCAACAAGAAUUGACCAAAUAUAAACACGACAUCGCCUGAAAAGGCCCCGAAAUCAACAGAAAUUGACUCAAAACCAACAGGAAGUAACCCCAGAAAUGCCCCAAAACCAACAGGAACUCAUUUGAUACCAACAGGAAGUGACCUGGUAUCAAAAGUGACCCAUGAAAUGCCCCAAAACCAACAUGAAGUGACUUGAUAUCAACAGAAAUCAGCAGGAAGUGACUUCACUGACCAUUGGACUGACGCAUCCCUAUGUAAUUGUUUUGGAAAUGGCACUUUAUAGUUUGUUAAAACGGAUUUUUAAAAAUCACAUCUGGUUCUUCUAGCCCUCCCUCUUCAAAUCGAUGUGUGACAAACUCCUUUCGAUUCCCGACGGGACGAUCGGACGCCACCGGAUUGGACGCCUGUCGUCGUUAACGGCGCCCAAAGAGUUCAUGACAGAAAACUAAAGUAGAAAUCUAUUUGCGAGACGUCAGAAUGUGUACAGAGUGGUUCCAGACAAAGAGGCACUUUGUUUUAUCCACGCGAAACCACACUGGAUGGUCCUCCGUCGGGUGAAGGACACCCGGAGGCACCUUUCUACAGUUCAAGGCCAAAAAAUAAAAAGAAAAGACAAGGUACAAGGCUAAAAAACCUUCCCGAGGACGACGCCCGAUUCUUCUCUCGUCGUCACGUUUACAGAGUUAAAUCGUGGCCAAAAGUAUUGUCACCCGGAAAAUAAAAAUGGGGGAAUCCCCAUUUUAGUAAAAAAAAAAGUCAUCCUAAAUCAUGCUAACAUUAGUGUGUCAUUCUAGACAAUUCUUGUUACACAGCCAGAAGUUUGAAACUGAACAAAAAGAAAUGAAAGUGAAAAAAGAUUUUUUUUUUUUUACACGUUUUAUUAGAUUGAGGGUUAUUUUUUUCAUGCCACAUAAAGAUAGAGAUGUUAUUUAACAUAAAUAUACUACUAUUUCCCUCAGAAUAUUUGUCUUUUCAAGUAGAUUCGGACAGCAUUUGUUUCAAUUAAACAGAUGUAAUGUGGUCUCGACACCACAAGAGGGUGCUGACAGUGUCCCUAAAUGUGCCCAAGUGGUCAAAGGUUUAAACAAAUGAUGUGUCUUGGGUCUCGGACGACAAUACUUUUGUCUUUGAUUUAUCUCCAUACACGUUUGUGUCCAAAGUGUGUCACGACGCGCCUUGGUUUAGCCUCAAAGACCCCCGCCCGCCGAUAUGGGGCGGUGACGCUGUUAGCGUCGUCUCCACGCCGAUUUGCGGCGUGUCACUUUACACCAACAGAAUGCACUUUCCUGCCCUCGAGGAACUCCGCGGUCGGGAACGCGUUUGUAGACCGCGCUAGUCCCAUUGUUUGGUUACAGCACUUAUGUUCGUAGAGAAGCAGAUAUUCCCCCCGCCGUAGAUUUCGCGGCUUGCGCGUUUGGCAGCCGCCGAACGAGAGCGUCCGCGCGUCACGGACGCGUAGGCGACACACCCAGAAAGCACCUUAUUUUCAUACUACGUUGACGAUUUGCUGUCUAGAAGGAAUAAAACACCGUAAGUGAAAGUAUUGAUGUCACGUCGGACUCGGGCUGGGCGAUUUGAACUCGUUUGAUGCCACUGACGGCUAUAGCUGUCCAAGCAAUUGGCGGCGAACAAACGUAUGCUCCCACUGCAAAGUGAUUGGACGUCUAUUAGUGAUACUCAUUUUAAUUGAAAGCAGAAGCAUGAAAAGAGCCUUCAUCGCCCUUGCCAAGAUGGCCUCUAUGCCGGGGCGUUCUCAUCAGUCAUUGACAUUCAAAUCAAGUCACAACUAGCUUUUCUUCAUUCAUUUUCCAUGCCGCUUCUUCCUCAUGAGGGUCGCGGAGGUGCUGGAGCCUAUCCCAGCUAACUACGGGCAGUAGGCAGGGUACACCCUGGUUGCUAGCCAAUCGCAGGGCACAAGGAGACAUACAACCAUGCACGCACACACUCAUACCUACUGUCAAUUUAGAGUGUUCAAUCAGCCUACCAUGCAUGUUUUUGGAGGAAGCCGGAGUUCCCGGAGAAAACCCACGCAGGCACGGGUAGAACAUGCAAACACCACACAGGAAGGCCGGAAUUGAACCCUUGAUCUUAGAACUGUGAGGCAGACGUGCUAACCACUCAGCCACUGUGCCGGCAGCUUAUUUCUUAUUCUUAUAAAAAGAAUAUUUUCUCUGUGGCUGCCAUUGACUGCAGAAGCAAGACCUUUCAUGGCCCCUACUAGCAUGGCCUCAGGGCAGCCAUGUUGGUAGGGGCGACAUUCCUAUUAAAGUUAAUCCAUUGACACUAAAAUCAUAACUAAAAAUUACUCUUUUGAAAUAUUACUGAUCACUAUUUACUGAAUAGCUGCAAUUGACGGAGCUAGCUGUCCAAUCCAUUUGAAAUGGGAGAGUUGACAGUGAUUGAACAAACGUUCAUCUAAAUCAACAGGAAGUGACCCAAAAUCAGUAGGAACUCACCAUGUAUUUUUUGUACUUUUUUUUUUUUAAACUGCUCUAUAAUUGUUAAGUUCAUAUUUCUUUUUAAUCAUAUUGCAAUUAUUAAUCAACAAAAGAGGUAGAAGAACUGAUUUUUCCAUUUAUGGAUUCAUUUAAAAACAAAAACAAUCUAAAAUUAUUAGUUUUUAUUUUAUAAACUCCCUUAAUUUUUUAAAUUGUUCAAGAGGAGAAAGUAAAUAUUUUGAUUUCUUUUUUUAAUGAAAAUUUUAUACCAAUUUUAGCUUCUGUUUAGCUUUUAGAGGCCACAUAAAAUGCUAUGGUGAGCCAAAUCUGGCCCCUGGGUCACCACCUUGACACCUCUGCAUUAAACUUUUAAAAAUAAAAUUUAUUUCAAAUAUUUGAAAAUGAAUCAAAAUAAUUGACUUCAUUCCUUAACAAAACAUGUAAAAGUUUUUUUUCUUUAAAAUAUU